AAAACCAACCGGACCGUUUUAUUGUAGGAAAGCUUUUCAAAUCUUUAAUUCUUUGGUUUCUGUUUCCGGUUUAUUGUUUCCCCUUUCUUGUUUUUAUUGAAAAAAGAAAACCCUGACAUAAGAUCAAGGUCACUGAGCUCCAGCAUUAACAAAAAAAAAAAAAAACCCUUUUAUUGUCUGAAAGCAGCAAAUGAAACCCAUGCUUUCAAAAUUUUAGAUAUCCCUUCAAGAGCUCAAAAACAAGAACAAUAAACUAGGAAGGAAGGAGAAAGAAUGUCAGGGUUUGGGAAGCAUUCAGGUCCAACAACUGCCCCAAAAUCUGCAAACCCGUUUCAGUUUCAACGCCCUCCUCCUACUUCCUCCACUGCCACCAUAAGACCCUUCGGGUAUUUUGUUUUAAAGGGAAUUGAAGCUGUAGAUAGAGUGCGGUCACCAGCUCCAGCUUUUGAGAACUCUAGUCCAGCUGUGAGACCUUAUCAGUAUGGUGGAGUCCAAAGGCCCGUUGAAUCUCCUCCCAGAUGGGCUGAUGGGCAAAUUUCCUUAAAAGAUUAUAAUGCCCAAACUCAUCUCGGGCCACCUGCAGUCACGUCAUUUGUUGCUUCACGUAAUUCUGAGACUAGUGUUACAGCUAAGAUUGCUCGAUUUCAAGAGCCAAAGAGGGCUAAAUCACCUCCAUCAUUAUCUGUAGGUGACACUGUACCAAGAUACUCCAGUCAAAUGAUCCUACAAAGGCCUUUGUUUCAGCCCCAUAUGCAGCACAAUCCAGUCAAGUUGCCAACCAACUAUCCAAGCUUGCCAACUCAUCAGGACCAGUCUGUGGUCUCAUAUCAUGUAGGUCCCCCUGAUUACAGGAAAAGCUUUGUGAAUGAGGUGUCUGAUACACAUGCCCCAAAACAAGGCAGAUUGCCACCCACACAACCUACUGACGAAGUUACCCUGGAGCAUCAUCAGUUUGUUCACAAUGUCUCUAAAAGGCCUUCAGGAUCUCCUCCAAGGUUAGGUACCAAGUCAAAUAUUAUUUCUCCUAGCUCUGAUGUUCUAAUUCAUCCGAGAUCCUUGCCUUCUUCGCAAGGUGUUGUUUCUCCUGCAGUGAGAAACAUUGGGCCUCCAGUUUCUAAAAGAACAAGGUCUCCUCCUUUAAUUUACCGUGAUGAAUUUCUUCAGGAAAACGCCAGUCACAUUGAAGAUGAUACUGAACGAGAAUUGCAAGCCAAAGCAAAGCGAUUAGCUCGUUUCAAGGCUGAAUUGAGUGAAAAUGUUCAGAUGAAUCCACCAGAUAUUUCAGAUGAAAGAUUGUCUGCAAAUAGAUUUCAGCACAAUGUGGAAGAGAGGAAGAAACUUGUUGGGGAACAUUCUGCAGAUUCAGAUACGGAGUUCUUGAAUGACAGUGCUUUAUCUGAUUUUGAAGGCAUGGAAACAUCCAGAGUCAUCAUUGGGUUAUGUCCAGAUAUGUGUCCAGAGUCAGAAAGGGCAGAAAGAGAAAGAAAAGGUGAUCUUGACCAGUACGAACGCUUGGAUGGGGAUAGAAAUCAAACAAGUGAAUACCUUGCUGUUAAGAAGUAUAAUAGGACAGCUGAGAGAGAAGCAAGUUUGAUACGGCCCAUGUCAGUCCUGCAGAAAACAAUAGAUUAUCUACUCAAUUUGCUAGAUCAGCCGUAUGAUGACAGGUUUCUUGGAAUAUAUAACUUUCUAUGGGAUAGGAUGAGAGCAAUUCGAAUGGAUCUGAGGAUGCAGCACAUCUUUGACCAAGAGGCUAUCACUAUGCUAGAGCAAAUGAUAAGGCUUCACAUAAUUGCCAUGCAUGAAUUAUGUGAAUACACCAAAGGGGAGGGCUUCUCUGAGGGAUUUGAUGCACAUCUAAAUAUUGAACAGAUGAACAAAACAUCGGUCGAGUUAUUCCAAAUGUAUGAUGAUCACAGGAAGAAAGGAAUUAAUAUUCCAACAGAAAAGGAGUUUAGAGGUUAUUAUGCACUUCUCAAACUUGACAAACAUCCUGGGUAUAAAGUUGAACCUGCAGAGCUCUCGUUGGACCUUGUUAAGAUGACUCCGGAGAUAAGACAAACACCAGAAGUGCUAUUUGCUCGUGAUGUAGCUAGGGCUUGCAGAACAGGUAAUUUUGUUGCCUUCUUUAGACUUGCAAGGAGGGCAAGUUACCUUCAAGCAUGCUUGAUGCAUGCUCAUUUUGCAAAGUUACGAACCCAGGCCCUUGCUUCUUUACACUCUAGCCUCCAGAACAACCAAGGCCUCCCUGUUACCCAUGUUGCCAGGUGGCUUGGGAUUGAGGAAGAGGAGAUCGAAAGCAUUUUAGACUACUAUGGCUUUUCAAUAAAGGAAUUUGAAGAGCCAUACAUGGUGAAGGAAGGUUCAUUUCUUAAUGUUGAAAAUGACUAUCCUACCAAGUGUUCAAGACUGGUUCAUCGAAAAAGAUCCAGAACAAUAGCUGGGGAUGUUGCAGUUCCUUGUCAAGCAACUUCCAUGCCUGUAGGAGUGACCAAGGCGAGUCAACUGGGUAAAAUAUAUAAGAAAAGUGCAACUGCCUUAUCUUCUCCUAGAAGGGCAAGUUCCAUUGUAGCAGUUGAUGAAGAAAUGCCCGAGUCUAAAGUUGUUCCUUCUCCAAAGGAUGGUGUGCAACUUCAUUCGGUGACUGAGACAUCAAUAGGUGUGCAACAGCUCCAAGAUGGUCAUCUCAAGUCCUCCAAACCAUUUAAUUUCCCUUUGGCUCGUGGUUCCCCUAGGUCAGUGCCAGCUAAAGUUGCGGUUUUGGAGAAAGCAAAUAAUGAUGCUUUUUUCACCAUAUUGCGAGAGAGAACAAUCAUCUCUGGCAUGGAAAAAAUGCCAUUGCAAAAUAUGUCACAAGCAUCUCCGCUAGAGAGGUCACCUAGUGGUGUAUUUGAUCAUGCUGUAGAAAACCGCUUACCUCAAAGUAUGGCUAUUGAUAAUGUAAAAUCUCUGCCUUUGAGAUCACCUAGUGGCAAAUAUGAUUAUAUUACAAAGAACUCAGUACCUCAAACUAUGGCUGUGAGUGGCUUAACAUCUACGUCAGAGAGACUGAGUGACAAAUAUGAUUAUGAUAUGGAAAAUUUGGUGCCUCACGGAAUGGCUGUUAACAAUUUAGGAGACAAACCUCUGGAUUGUCAUCAAGAAAUUAAGAAUCGGGAAAUAGCAGUGAAUAAUCAACAUAAGGAAGUUGCCGAAGCAAAACUCAAGUUGAUGCUCAGGUUGUGGAGCCGACGUGCAGCAAAGAAAAGGGAAUUACGUGAACAAAGGCAGUUGGCAGCUGAAGCUGCACUAAGUUCACUGCCACUGGGGAUACCAGUUUGGCAGAACAAAGAUCAAUGGAGCACAUUUGCUGAGCUUGAAUUUGAUCAUGUCAUGAGGGAGAGAUGUGAAAAACAUGAAAGCUCAUGGACAAGGCUGAAUGUUUCAGAUGUAGUGUCAGGUAUAUUGGGUAAAAGAAACCCAGAUGCUAAAUGCCUAUGCUGGAAAAUUAUUUUAUGUUCUCCAGAGAGCAAACAAGGAGAUCAACUGAAGAAGAAGAGCCAGGUUGCCCAUUUAACAGCAGGCACGUGGUUGUUCUCUAAGAUCAUGCCUUCCACAGAAGAUAAUAGUGAUGUUGAUUUAGCAGUCUCAUCUCCUGGUUUGUCAAUAUGGAAGAAAUGGGUUCCCAGCCUAUCUGGUACUGAUCUAACCUGCUGCUUGUCUGUUGUAAAGGAUGCAAAUUGUGAUAAUCUGGAUGAGGCAGUAUCUGGAGCAAGUGCAAUUUUGUUCCUUGUAUCUUCUAGCAUUCCAUGGAAGCUCCAAAAGGUCCAACUUCAUAAUCUUCUGACAUCAAUUACUCCUGGUUCAUGCUUACCCCUUCUGGUCUUAAGUGGUUCUUAUCAUGUAGAAGGUUCAAAUCCUUCCUCAGUUAUAAUUAACGAAUUGGGGCUGCAUAACGUUGACAAAUCACAAGUAAGCAGCUUUUUGGUCAUUUUCCUUGUUGGUAAGCAACAUCCGGAACACUCAAACGGGUUUUUCAGUGAUGAACAGUUAAGAGAAGGACUAAAGUGGCUGGCCAAUGAAUCACCUCUACAACCUGUUCUUAGUAGUGUGAAGACACGCGAACUUGUUAUGUCCCACUUGAGUCCUUUGUCGAAGGUGUUGGAUAAGAUGAGUGAUUAUGAAGUAGAUCCAAAUCACUGCAUCUCAGUCUUCAAUGAAGCGUUGGAUUGGUCAUUGGGAGAAAUUUCUGCUGUUGUUAAAGCAAAUCCUACCAAUUGGCCUUGUCCUGAGAUCAUGUUGCUGGAAGAUUCUAGUGACGAGCUUUUAGCAGUGAAGUUGUUCUUGCCAAGUGUGGGAUGGAGCUCAACACCAAAAACUGCACCACUUGAAUGUGCAUUGAGAGACUGUAGACUUCCUAGUUUUCCUGAUGAUCUCUCAUGGUUGCAAAGAGGUUCCAAUAUGGGGAAAGAUAUCGAUAACCAAAUAUUACUACUUGAAAAGUGCUUGAUAGGAUACCUAACACACUCAAGCAAGAUGAUGGGAAUUCCACUAGCUACAAAAGAGACGUCUGUGAUGCUACAGAGAAACACACGGCUCGAAUUGCACAGCUUGAGCUAUUAUCUAGUGCCAAACUGGAUCACAAUUUUCCAACGGAUUUUCAAUUGGCGGCUUAUGAGUUUGUCAACUGGGGCCUGCUCUUUAGCUUAUGUUUUGCAGUGUCAUCAUGUUGCUCCGAAGUCGGUAGAUUCACUCAAGUUACAGCUUAAAGGUGACAUUUUACCUUGUUGCUUAAGUCAUCCAUCUCUAGACGAAAUAAUUGAAGUCGGCUGUAGUCCCCUCAAGUCUCACAGGAUUGGCUUCGAUCCAGAACCUUCUCAAGUAGAGACAGCCUUUCACAUUGAAAUUCAGGAUGCUGCUACGCCAAGCAUCUCCACGAAAGAUAGGGGAGAUUCUUCACAUAAGCAUGGCUUGGAUGUUGCAGAUGAUGUUGCUUGUACAACCAAUAAAUCAAAUAGCAGUCAUGGUAAAAGAGUGGUGGCUGGAACAGAAACGGAUAGAUUAAGCCAGUUGUUGGAGAAAUGUAACAUAGUACAGAACAGUAUAGGUGAGAAGCUAUCAAUUUACUUCUGAUAUACGAAUUUUUGUAACUUAAACAUUCUCGCAUUAAAAAAAGGAGGUGGUUUUAUAAUCGAAUCUUCAUUCUAAUGUUUCUUUUGUAUGAUGAUGAGAAAAUAAUAAGGCUUUGCACCUAUUAGGCAGCAUGUUCUCUCUCCUUUUUUCACAAAAGAGGUCGUAGCCUGAAGAUUG